AUGGCUGCAUUUCUCACGGCUGAGGACGAGAAGCUGGCGCUCGCUCACACGGCUGAGCCUGCGAUCAAUGCUGUCACCGAUGCCGAAUCGCUGGACAACUUGACCACGGACAACCGCCGCUGCCGCCGUUCUGCCGCCUGCCGCACCGUCCACUGCAUCGGGGCCUCGCUCUUCGUGCUCUUCUGGUUCCUCCUCGCCUUUAGAGCUACCUCCAUGGUGAUUGGUCUUCGCAGCCACGCGAUGCCCUGCCACGAUGGUCCGGCCGCUCACAGCGACGUCGACGUUUACCCGGUUCUUGUCCAUCCAGUACCGGGCGGUCCUCAUCGUUCGCACCACCACGCUAUCGAGGAAGCUGUCGCUGUUGCUGGCGCCGCUGCCGUCGCCGACAUCGUCACCCCUAUCAGCUCGGACGCGAUCCCGGCACCUCCCGUCGCCGCAGAUUCGAACAGCAACAACGAGGCCCCGGCUCCUGCUUCUGCCUCUGCCUUUUCUCGUCUGCUCGAUGCUGUCUCGGCCGAGUCCCUGCACGACCUGCUGCAUGCCUACCUGCCUGACACCUACAAGCACGGUGUCUACCCGUCUGAGAAGUCUGCUCUGGCCGCCCUCCACCGUGCCAACGCGCCCCUGGCCACCUCCAUUGUUCAGCUGGCUCGCCGCGACACCAACGCUACCGUCUCAUCCGCGCCUGCUGCUACCUCUUCUGCCGCCGACUUGACGAGCAGCCCGCCCGCCGCUGCAUCUUCCUCGCCCGCUACACUGGUGUCCGCCACUCCUACAUCAGCUGUGCCGACCUCGUCGGCCGCUCCGGCUACAUCGUCCAAAGCCACCGAGAAGUCGACUCAGGCCGCUGCCACAACUGCCGCCCCCACUACCGCAAAGGAGACUCCCACAACCGUCAAGACCACGACAAAGGGUGAGAAGACGACCGCCACUACAGAGGCAACAUCGAGCAGCAAAAAGGUCACCUUGACAUACACCUCCACCAUUAACGGCACGCCCACCGUCAUCACCGCCACUUCUGUCGUCGGCGUUGCUGCCACCGGUGCCGACUCUACUGAGACCGGCACUGCCACGGCCGCCGCAUCUGGCAGUCUGCAGACGGGUUCCGGAGCCUCUGGCUUGGUCGGCAACAUGCGCAUGGCCGGCGUCGCUGGUCUUCUGGCUGGCGCUGCACUGCUGGUGUGA